AUGAAUAAGGUUGCUUUUUCUUUGUUUCUCUGCAACAUCAGUCACGCUAACAAACCAUUUUAUUCGUUAUCUAUUUUGUUAUUUUGUUCUCUCAAUCUUUCGCUCUCUCGUUCUAUUUCUUUCUCGCUUGUUUGCAUUUCCUAUCUUUUUUCUUUCGAUUUCUCUUUCUCUUUCUUUCUUCUUUUCUCUCUCUCUCUCUCUCUCUCUCUCUCUUUCUUACUUUUUCUCUUUCUCUCUUUUUCGCCUAUCUUUUUCUUUCUCAAUCGCUCUUUCUUUCUCUUUUUCGCUUUCAUUUCUUUUUUUUUUUUCUUCUUUUAUAAUUUCUUUCUCGUUUUCUUUUCUCUUUCUCUAUCUUUCUCAUUUUCUUUUCGCUUUGUAUUUCUUUCUUUCUUUUCUAUUUUUCUUUCUUUCUCUCUUUCUUUCACGCUUUCUUUUCUUUUCUUCUUUCUUUCUCUCUCUCUUUUUUCUUUCUCUCUCUCUUUUUCCAUUCUCUUUCACUCUCUUUUCGAUCUUUCUUUCUACCUUUCUUUCUCCCCUUCUCUCUCUCUCUUUCUCUUUAUUUUCUCUUCCUCUUUCUCUCUUGCUUCUUUUAUCUGA